AUGGACCUCUCACGGCAAGAGUACCCAACGCUGCUGGCCACCCUGCAUCCCGGCCAAGCUACAACAGUCCUGAGCGAUCGCAUUCGAAUCAUAAACAAGGUCAAUGCGGAUAUCGCGGAUUAUCUACAGGAACGACGUCGGGUUGAAGAAGCAUAUGCCCAAGGGUUGCGGAAGCUGGCGCAUCGGCCACAGACGGACAAUGGUGCUGCUCUUGGCAUUUUCCAAAUCCCCUGGCAACGCAUCAUCAGUGCGACCGAAACGCUCGCCGUGUCGCACGAGACCCUUGCGAACAAGAUCGAGGAGGAUGUCGAGCGACCUCUACGAGAAUUUAGCACCAAGAAUACAGAGAUGAAGUCGAUGCCCGGUAUCCAGAGUGAUCUGGCGGGGCUGGCGAAGAAUGUGGAGACUGCGCAGAAGAAGGUGGACAAGGCCAGGGCAAAGGGUGCCAAAGGUGCAGACAAACUUGCUAGCGAGAUCGCCAAUGCCGAGGAAGUCCAUCAGCAAUGGGAUUCACGGGCUCCCUUUGUUUACGAGCAACUCCAGGCCGUCGAUGAGACUCGGCUCAACCACCUUCGGGAUGUGCUAACACAAUUGGAGACCCACGAAGUGGAUCAAGUCGAGCGUGGUCGCCAGGCCGCUGAAAGUUGCUUGAACGUUUUGCUCAAUGUGGAAACGGCAGAUGAAAUCAAGACCUUUGCGGCUAGGAUGGCGGGCACACGGGUCCCUGCGACACAGCCCAUCCCCAGAAGACAAACUCAACCGGCAGAGACACCUUCCACAAUUGAACCAGUAUCUGACCGGACAGCAACUGCUCCAAUCCAGCCUCAGUUAUCCACGCCACCAACAGAAGCACCCCUUCCGGCCCCUCCACGCAUCCAGGAUGAUGAGGUAACCCAACUAUCAGAGGCGUCUGAGAGACACGCCGUCGCUCAGACACCACCAGUACCGGAAGCACAGCCACGGCAUACUCCCCUGGGGGGAUUGAGACGUCUUGGAACUGUCAUGAACAGGAGGAAGAGCGUUGUCGUACCCUCAACUGGAUCCUUUGACCGAAAAACAGAAAAGAAGCGUAGUCCCUUUGCUGCUUUCAAGAGAGCCGAUUCCUCUCAUGCCGCCGCGACUAUGCCUGAAGAACAUCCAGAGACGCCUAGAAAUGGGGCUGCCCCGGAAGCCCCUGGGCUCGCCAAUAACCACGUUAGUCAGCCACAGGUGGAUUCAGAAGGGUUCACCCAGCGCCCUGCAACAAUUGACGAGAUCACGCGUGCCCAGAAUGAGGCAGCGGGCCUGGAUGAGUCUGGUAUGAAUCUGACAAUUCGAGACCAGCCCAUCUUCGAGGAUGAGAGCCAGGCGAAGCAGGCCAUGGAUGACAUGGCAAAUACUCUCCGAAUGCGAGCUCCACCUCCAGGUGUCAGACGCAAUGCAGGCACCAUUCGCGGACGCCGUGAUGUCCGCAAUACAGUGUUUAUUCCUUCCCCCGGCAAUGAGCUUCCCCCAUCUUCGGCAGGAUCGGACACUGCUACGGAUGAUCACACUGUAUCAGAUACUACUUCUGUUCGCUCUGGACAUGCUACGCAUGCUGCGGGAGCUGCAAUCCAUCCUGAUCUAUAUGAAUCGGGCUUGAAUGCUUCAAUCAUUGAGACCGUCAAUGCAUGGUUCUCGGAGGGCAAUGUCACUAAGUCCUUCGUCGUUGGCGAGCUCGCUCUAGCAAACAAUCCCACAACUGGUACUGCGGCGGAUCAGACACGCAUCCGACUCGAUAACUUCCAAGUGCUGGAAAAGGUAGCGGCCAAUCCCCACUUCGUCCAGGAGAUUGCCAAAGACGCUGGCGAUGACAAGAGAGGCGAAUACGAUAUCCAGUUGGGCAGCAUCUCCCGCCCCAUGCCGACUGUGGCAUUCAAGUAUCAACUGCAUAUCGACCCAACCAACCCCUCUGCCUACUGCCCCGUGAUAUUCAAGCCAGUUUGGAACUUGGAAGAAACACAGGCUAGCGCCAUCAUCUACUAUACCCUCAACCCAUCAUUCGUCUCCCACACAGCGGAGUCAAUUACCCUCAAGAACCUCGUAUUGACCAUCAAUUUGGACACCGCCACCCAUGACAAGAUUACCAAGCAGCCCCGCGAGUCAGUCGCCCACGCCAUCAGCGCCGCCAUGUAUCCCAAUACCGGCGCCACCUUCCGUCGCAAAACCUCCACCGUCACAUGGAGAAUCCCCGAGCUGGAAGUCAAGGCCCCCACCACCCCAGGCGCAGACAGCAAGCUCCUCGUCCGCUUUGUGACGUCCACCCCCGGACCUCGCAAGGGUACAGUCGAAGCGAAGUUUGAGCUUCGCGGCGCCGAAUCCGCUUCUCAGCUGGGCAUCAGCCGUGCUGCCUCAGAUGUAGAGAACAAGGAAGCUGACCCCUUCGCGGACGAGGGUCGCGAAUCCCCGCUGUCCGCGGCUUCAUGGCUGGGUGUCCCCACUACACGCAAGCUGAUCGGUGGGAAGUAUGUCUCUUCCUAG